AUGUCUUUUGCUUUGCGAUGUCUCCGGCGCUCACCAAUAUGGAGAAGACCGCUGCUCGUGCGAUAUCAGACACAGUACCCAACAAACGUGCCACCGAAUAAGAUCUUGCAAGAUCAGCAUGUGUUGCGCACGGGACUGGAGAGGUUUAUUAAAAAGCAAGCAGCACGACCAGUGCCAACUGUGGCCCUUAACGACCUUCUCAAGUUCAACUCUGCAGCUUCGCACAGAGACAAAUCGUUGAUGCUGGUGGAGAACGCCAACGAGACGCUGAACGAUAUGGUGGUCCUGGUGACUCGGCGACUCAUACAGUUCAUGGGACUGCCCUACAUUGUGGUUUUGAACGCCAAAAUCGCAGACAUCUACACUGCAUACUUGAAUACGCUGAAGGUGAUUUUGGAAUUUGUGGCCGAGUGCGACCCAGAUAGUGAGCUAACCGAAGAGUUCACUUUCAAGAUCCACAAUUUGGAACAGAACGAUUUGUUUCUCCAAAUGCUGAAAAAAACUAUCGACAUGCACACCGACAAUCUGCCGACCUUGAGCGAGGGAUUUGAGGAAAUAUCUGGACUGAACCUUGUUGACGACAAAACGUUUCUGAAUGACCAUCUGAAGGAGCGGAUUUUGAUGCGUUUGCUGGCCAACCAUCACAUCCAGCUCACAGAGCAACUGAAUUACAAAGGAGAAGAGCUUGAAAGGCUAGACCAGAUCGGUAUGAUCGAGCCGAACAUGAACGUUCUUGAGGUUCUGCACCGCUCGUUUGUGUUUGUCAACGAUAUGGCUGCGCUGAAAUACGACGAAAAAAUCCGGAUCAACCUGAAAACGGUGACAAUUAACGGUGAUGAGUCCGCCACAGAGCAGGUAGUGGAGAACUUUGAGUCGCCAGACGGUUUGGAGCCGCUCAAAUUCCCAUAUAUCUCCAGUCACAUCGAGUAUGUUCUGAACGAAAUACUCAAGAAUUCCACACGGGCUCACAUAGAGAACAGGGUGAAGAAGCCGGUCGAUGUCCUUAUCGUCGUGAACAAGCCCAAUGUCGAGAAGCCAGGCCCCCAGUUCUACAAGCUAGAAAUGCGGAUCGUUGACCAUGGUCUAGGAAUAAAGCCCGAGGUCUUGGACAAAUUAUUUGACUAUUCGUUCACCACUUUCGAGUCCGAGACUGUAGAGGACUCGUACAAGACACUCAACAACACGGGUGCAAACCAGGCCAACAUCAUAGCCGGCAUGGGCUACGGUCUGCCGCUGAGUCUCACUUAUAACAAACUGUUCAACGGCGAUAUCCAGCUCAAGUCCGUUUACGGCCAGGGAACAACUGUUUACCUCAAAUGGGUCGGGGUCGAUGCUAAACAAAUACCUUGA